AUGCCACCAGAUAGGUCACCACGGCCAGCGAUGUUCGCCGAAGCAGACACCGAGUGGAAAAAAGCCAAGGGUGGUGGUGGCCCGGUGAAACAUGUCACAUCCGAUGAUGCUGGGCGACUGCAACGCGGGUUGGCCGUUUUUGAGGUGGAGCGUCUUACAUUUGUUGAUGAAGAUGGUGAACAGUAUACGGCUCGACUUCCUUGCCGGUUGUCCUCGGCCUGGCCCUUGGAAACUUGCGUACUACUCGAGCGUCAACCGACAUCAGAUGAACUCUUACAAAGUAGAACAGCCGAAAACAAGAAGAUAUUGUCUUCGACACCAAGUAGCCUUUUCACUAUGUUCAGCCUAACACACCCAUUGGAUGAAGCAGCCCCAGUACUCUUGAAAGUGCCUUUACCGGGUGGUGGCUUUGGCGUUUCAUUUGUCAGUGAUAUCAACUUGAACGUCAUAACAGUGAUUGCAUCAAUGGGUUUGGUGUUGACUCGUCAUCAUUCAACAGGGCUGCACUCUCUGUGGCAGUUGGAGAAAGCUGUUCCCGAAUUGUCCGCAAAGGCAAGAGAUGCGCGGCUGAUCAAUUCUUCUGGAUUCCGUAUUCUCCGUCGCCAAGCCACGGACUCCGCUAAGAGUGACGGUAAACAAUACUGGAAGACGAUUGCAAAUAGCAUGGAGGCUGAAACCGUCGCAGCGGACUUUGGAAAGCUAUUCCGUCUAAUUCGUAUCGCAGCAGGAAACAGGCAGACAUCGGAACCAUUGUUGCGCAGCACCACAGGCCAACUUAUUCCGGGAAUCGAGCAAAAAAUGUAA